AGUUUUUAAACAUAGUCUGCUGAGGUAUAACAAGCACAUACAAUUGUCAGUCAGUGUUUGAGUUUUUGCGGCUAAAUUGUAUAUUUUGCUGCUGCUACUCAAUACGAUUUCAUUCUUCGCUAUUUGCUUGGCAGCCACGAGAACUUUUUACGAGAAUUGAUUUAUCAUUUUUCAUAUCGUUUAAGUGUGAGCCUACAUAUUUCAUUUCAACCAUACGUAUUCUCUUCGCUUGUUUCCAUCGUUGUGUUGAGAUUUUAACCAUUUUUAGUCAAACUAAUUUUACGAUUAUACGGUUUAUGGUUGUCGAAAGGAAGGCGCCUUUGUGUCCUAACAGUGUGUGAGACAGUGUCAUGGGGAAACUUGACAUAUUUUUAGAAUUGGUGUGUUAGUUUGGAAACUGUUGAUUAAAUUACAUAGCAAGCUGCAACGCACGAGUCAGAAUUUUGCAGAUUAAAGUGGAAUCGCUUACGAAUAUCGCUAAAAAUAUCCAAUUCAAGACGUACAGAUGUAUAAACAAUAAUCGAAUUAAUUGGUCGAAGCGGCAGCAAAGGAUUGAAAAGAGCAAUAGAAUCACAAAUUAGUGUGCAUAAAAAACAGAAUAUCGACAAAAUUGAGUUCUGUGAUCGCCAACUAAGAAUAUAUAUACAAGAGAGAAAAAAAAAUACAAUCAUAAAUAUUUUGUGCGUCGUCGUCAUUUUUAUGCGAAUGUCAUGAUGUUCUAUUAACUUUAUUGUGAUUACGAUAAUCGGCAAUUGUUUACUUACAUCAUAUGAUUUAUCAAACAUUUGCACGACAACAGCCAAUCGUAUUGAGAGUUGAUCUGAAAUCGUGAAAAACACAUCAUCGCCUUGUGUAUGAAUCUACGACCAAGAUAAGGAUAACAACAUAGACACCAGCCGAAUUCAUUUGCAUCACAAUUUAUUGUGUCGUGUGAUUCGCGUCAUCACGAUUGGGGCGGUUUUUAUUGAGUGCAGACAAGUGACCGAGUGAACAGAGUUAGCACACCGAAAAGAUGGGAAUUUUUCAGCAAAUAUGCGAUACAUUUUGGUCAACAUCAAUUUGGCUACCGCCAAAUAUAACAUGGGCAGAUAUUGCACCUGGUUCUCGGCCCGAUGUCGACCACGCCGACUACAGAGACUUAUGGUGGCCAAUAGCGAUGGCCAUCGCUCUGCUUAUCAUAAGACAUUGUGUUGAAACGUAUAUACUUAGUCCGUUUGGUAAAUCUUUAGGUAUCAAAAGUACACGAAGCAAACGUGCCACUCCAAAUACAAUUUUGGAGGCCGCUUACAACAACUGCAGCCGAAUACAUCAUAAAACUGUUAUUGGACUCACGAAGCAAGUGGAUAUGACCGAGCGACAAAUCGAACGAUGGUGGCGAUAUCGACGUGCACAAGACAAACCAUCCACUCUAGUCAAAUUCUGUGAGAAUUCGUGGCGUUUUCUUUACUAUACGCACAGUUUUGCAUUCGGAUUGUUUGUGCUAUGGGACAAAGAAUGGUUCUGGGAUGUUAAGCAAUGCUGGUAUGGAUACCCACAUCAAUCGGUCGACAGUGAAAUAUGGUCGUACUAUAUGUUCUCAAUGUCCUUUUACUGGGCUCUGGUUGUGUCACAAUUCUUCGAUAUCAAACGCAAGGACUUUUGGCAAAUGUUUGUGCAUCACAUUGUCACACUGUUGCUAUUAUCUUUGAGUUGGAUUUGUAAUUUGCAUCGCGUUGGAUCUCUGGUGCUUGUUGUCCAUGAUUGUGCUGAUAUCUUCUUGGAGGCGGCCAAAAUUACCAAAUAUGCAAACUACCAAAAACUGUGCGAUGCAAUUUUCGCAUUUUUCACCGUCAUUUGGAUUGUGACUCGCUUAGGAUUCUAUCCACGCAUCAUAUACAGCAGUUCAAUUGAAGCGCCACAAAUUGUACCAAUGUUCCCAGCCUACUACAUCUUCAACAGUUUGCUGAUAUUGCUGUUGUGCUUACAUAUUGUAUGGACCUACAUGAUCCUGAAAAUUGCUCACAAUUCACUGAAAUCAGGAAAAAUGGAAGGCGAUUGUCGAUCGAGCAGUAGCGAAUUAUCGGACAGUUCGGAGAGUGUCAAAGGCGCAGCCGUAACGACCAAUGGAACACCACAAAAGAAACCAUCAAAACCACGAUCAACACCAAACUCACCAAAACAUUCACACAAAGAUUAAGAAAAAAAAAACCUGAACAAAACUGUAAUUCUAGUUUAAAAGAACCGCAUCUCUCCCAUGCUGCGAGAUGAAAAAAAUAAAAAAAAAACAAAUCACCAUUUGAAAAUAGUUGAAAGCAAAUCGCGUUGUAAAGUAAAAGUUUAUAAAAAAAAAAAACAUAUGAGUGCCUCCCGAAACGUUAAUUUUUUUUCUCUUCAGAUCGUUGUUUUUUUAAGUUUCUGCUAGGUAUAUAUGUAAAUGGAAUACAAUGAAAUGAAGGUUCACGUUCCACGAUUGUACAUUUAUAGCAUUUAACGGAGUUCAUAAUUAAUCAUAAAACAGAAAACCACACACAAAAGACAUGAAAACCGAUAACAAAUAAACGAAUGAAUGAAUGAAUAUAUUUAUCGACAAACGGUAAUUCAUACAACAGAAUACUACUAGACUAAUUACAAAAAAUAUAAACAAACCACACAACAAACGAAAUCAAAAUGGAUAAAGAAGCAGCAGUUUAUAUAUAUAAACAAACGAAUAAAAAUAGAGAAAACAAACAAACUAAUAACGAACAAUUGUGUAUAUUCCGAAAUGAAUUUACUAUUUUUCUAUUAUAUGCGCUUGACCAGCAAAGAAAAGAAAGAGCUUUGAAAAUAACUAUAACCAAAUGGAACAUUCUUCGUGUUGAGGAAGCUCACAUUUUUUUUUUUUUGUUCGAAGAUUCUAACAACCGUGAUCCAAUCGAUACCCUUCAAUUUUAUGGACAUAUUUUUGAGAAACCAAUUUUUCUAACGCAUUUAAAAAUCAGCCUGCACUUUUCUCUCCUUCAGCUCCCAUUCAAUUCACCAAUAAUUCUCAUAUCCAUUAGUUGAAGAAGAAAACAUUUCUCAAACCUAUUCUAAAAUGUGCACGUUUUUUUUUUGUCGUAAUUUAAAAACAAAUAAUCCCUUUAAAAAAAAGAAGUCAAAACUGUAUUUGUUGUGAUAAGAAAAAAAGAUUUGACAUAAAAAAAAAUUUGAUUAAUAAUCAUAAUUAGCUUUCAGUGUUUUUGGAUGAAACGUUAUAAUAGUAUAUAUUUUUGGACUCGGAUUUCGGAUUCGAAUCAUUUCAGUCAGUCCAAAAUGCGUACGAAGAAAAGACCAGCAUUUUAGUUCGGUUUACAUUUUAUUUUAUUUUUUUUUUAUCAUCGUUUCAAUUCCAUUCUGUGUCACAACACAAUUUAUUAUUCUUUUAGCAUAUUGAUUCGCUCUAGUUACGUGUUAAGUGUUUUGAACCUGCUUAGACAAAAAAAAAAGUUAAUCGUAUUCGUGAAGAAUUGUCAUUUGAUUUUUAAUUAAAACUGUGUAAAUUAUUGAAAAUAAUUUUCUCUUUUACAAUAAAUCACUUUGUGAAAUAUAA